AUGGCAUUUGACCCCCACGCUCCAAGAUUAGCACAAGAUGGUGUUAUACCACCAACACAACAACCACCACCACCACAACAGCAACAGCUACAACAGCAGACCCAACAGCAUCAAGUGCCGGUACCAUUCCCCGAGAUUUCUGGUACAGAAGUGGCGUCUGGCAUGUCUUCUUCCACUUUCAAUUUGAACCCAGGUCAAAACCCUCAACAGCUUCAACAUCAACAAUUUCAACAAGCGCAGGCGCAGGCUAUAAAUGCUAGGUACCAACAGCAACAGCAAGCUCAACAGCAAGCUCAGCAACAGGUUCAGCAGUUACAACAACAGCAGCAGCAACAGAUUCAACAGCAACAGCAGCGACAAGCACAAGCACUUCAUCAUCAUCACCAUCAUAGCAGUUCACAAACUAUACAAGAUGAUGCUAUGGAUAUCAAACAGGAACAACGACAGCAACAACCACAACCCACCAAGAAACAAGCAUCUGAACAACAGAGACCACCACUACAACAGCAACAAUCUCAACAACAAAAGAGUUUCAACCAUUCAUAUUUGAAUUUACCACCUCACAAUCCAUUUGAUUUCAAUUCGUAUCCAAUAACUAACCCACCCAUUUUUGAUUCUACUUUUAUGUUGCCCUACUCGAUAGAUGGUGUACCCAGAAGAAGAAGAAUCUCUAUAUCUAAUGGUCAAAUUGGUCAAAUUAUGAAUCAUGAAGCGUUUUUCGACACUGAUGAAUUUAGUUCUUUGGAUGAUGAUUUUACGCAACGAUUUAAUGAUUAUGAGUUGAAUAGAUCGGCUACUCCUCCUACUCAACAACAACUGGGGAUAGCUCCGUCGCAGGUACCACCACAACAACAACAACAGCAACAGCAACAGCUACAGCAACCACAAGCUGGGUUUCUUGGCGAUGCCCAGCAUGGAUUUGCUAGUAUAACUCCUGCAAGUGAUAAUGAUUCUUCUGUUGGUACUAUCCCUGCUACAUCAGUUAAUACUAUCGCACCAGCAACUGCAAAUAGCUCUAAUCAAUUACUUGGACAAAUAGAGCUAGGUUUACCGCAACAACAACUGCAACAACUGCAACAGUCUCCUUUGACAACGCAACCACAACAUCCACAGCCUCAGCACCCAUUACAUCAUAACCCCCAACAACAAGCACAAAUACCACCGCAACAACACGCACAACAUAAUCAAGUACCAUCCAUACCCCCACGAGCACAAUCAGCACCACCAAUUACUGCAGCAGCCUCACAAGCAGCACCACCAUCACAACAACAACCACAACAACAACAAUCGCACUCCCUCUCACCACCAGUUGCAGGCUUACCCCCACCGAACCACCUGUUAAUCUACAACAACGAAGUCAUUUAUAAUCCAAACAACGGACCCAUAAUGGGCACAGCCGCUUGGAAAAAGGAGCGUUUAUUGGAACGUAAUCGAAUCGCCGCUUCCAAAUGUCGUCAACGUAAGAAACAAGCACAAAUGGCCCUACAGGAAAAUGUCACCAAGAUGGAACAAGAUUUAAAGUUGAAGUUGAAUCAAGUUGAUCAUUUGCAACUGGUUUUGAGUCAUUACAAGAUGAAUAUUAAAGCGUAUUUGGAAACCGAUUUUAAUGAGCGAGAUGACAAGUUGUUGAAGGAUUUGAUUGAUUAUAUUUAG